AUGGCUGUAUGUGACUUUGACAUGAGGUUCACAUAUGUGCUAGCUGGGUGGGAAAGCUCAGCUAAUGAUUCGAGAAUCCUAAAUGAGUGUACUGAAAAUGAGGCAAUGAACUUUCCAGCUCCACCAGCAGGUAAGUAUUAUUUGGUGGACUCAGGGUAUGCCAAUAAGCCUGGUUAUUUGGCCCCAUUUCGAGGUCAUACUUACCACUUUCAGGAAUACCGUAGGACUAGACAACCUCGUAGUCGGGAGGAAGUGUUCAAUCAUAGGCAUUCAUCUUUGAGAAAUAUAAUUGAGCAAUGCUUUGGGUUAUUGAAGAUGAGAUUCGCUAUUUUGAGGGCAAUGCCUCCUUAUAAGUUUUCAACACAAGUAUUGAUUGUAAUGGCUUGUUGCACAUUACAUAAUUUUAUCAAAAAUCAGCAUCAGCCUGAUGACAUAUUUGAUGGUAAUGAUCCUCCUCAAAGUGAUGGUGAAGAUGAUGAGAUUGUUGAGCAUGUGCCUUCGGCUCAGCUUUGA